GCUAGAGCGUCCCUUUGCGUGAGCCAGCAACAUGGCCGAUCGGCUCACGCAGCUGCAAGAUGCAGUAAAUUCGCUUGCAGAUCAGUUUUGUAAUGCCAUUGGAGUGUUGCAGCAGUGUGGUCCUCCUGCCUCUUUUAGUAAUAUUCAGACAGCAAUUAACAAAGAUCAGCCAGCUAAUCCUACAGAAGAGUAUGCCCAGCUUUUUGCAGCACUGAUUGCACGAACAGCAAAAGACAUUGAUGUUUUGAUAGAUUCCUUACCCAGUGAAGAAUCUACAGCUGCUUUACAGGCUGCUAGCUUGUAUAAGCUAGAAGAAGAAAACCAUGAAGCUGCUACGUGUCUGGAGGAUGUGGUUUAUCGAGGGGAUUUGCUUCUGGAAAAGAUACAAAGUGCACUUGCUGAUAUUGCACAAUCACAGCUGAAAACAAGAAGUGGUACCCAUAGCCGAUCUCUUCCAGACUCAUAGUACCAUUGAAUACUAUGUGACUGAGAAAAAAAACUAUUUCAAUGGAACUAAGAAUUUUCGCAUCAAAUUCAGAUAUAAGCCUUAGCAACAUCUUGUAAGCCUUACAGAAACAUUAAGCAUAUGAUGUUACCUUUUUAACUAUUUUUAAUAGUGUGUAUUUUCACUCUUGAUAAUAAGCUUGUAAAAUUGUGAUUGAACCAGUUUUAAACCAUCAUUAUGCCAUUGUUUUUUAUUUGAAUGAAGUUACUGAGUCAUUUAUUGCAUUCAUGGUCGUAAUAUAAUUAAACAGAUGAACUAUAAAAUCCUAUUGUGACAUAAUUUCUAUUUUAUUUGUCAUAUUUCUGCAGUCCUUUUACAAAUCAAAACAUCCUCAAGCCUGAGGAGUAGUGGUAAGUGCAGAGAUAUGGGGCAUUUCAAUUUAGGUUGGUGUCCUUCUGUCUCAUUAGAGGUGGUAUUGUGUAAAUUUGGAGCUUUGAGUGGGAAAAGUUUCUGAAACUGUUGCUUUUAAGAAGCUGAAAGGAUUAGUGUAUCUGGAGGGAUCCAGAGAUUUGGUCACUGUUAUGUAAACCUUUUCUUCUAAACUCUGAUACCCAUCCUAGUUCAUCUCCACAUUUGUAUCUACACAGGAAUCCUCUUCUGUGUCUGUGAUAUUCCGUGCUAUUUUGAUAAAAUCUUUCUUUAUCCUGAACUAUUUUUUCCCAUAUCUUUUCACCUUCUUACAUUUUCUUAUCCAUUAAUUAGUUUGUCAUAGUGAAGUAUAUUUCCUGAAUCAUCUAAUCCUUCUCAUUCCCUUUAUCUCAGUGUGCUGUCUUCUGAUCUUAUUAACCUUUAUAAGCCUUUAUUGGUGUAUUCUAAUCAGAUUAGAAUAUACUUCUACUACAUCAUUUACUGCAACAUUUUCUCCAUUCUACCUCAGCUUAUUACUGUUAACAUUUGUGUCAACAUUAUCAACUAUGAUUACUUAUUUAACUCUUGUAUUUCCUUGAAUCCACUAAUUUUCUCCAUUGGCAAACUGGAGUUGAGAAUGUAUUCCACAUUAUAACUGGUUCUCCUCAGGCUGUGCAUGUUUUAAAAUAUCCUUAGCUGUAUUUUGCUGUAAUCUGUUGCUGUUGAGAGUUUAAGUUUCUUGUGUAAGUUCAAGAACAGGAGCAUUCUGCCUAUUAUUUCCAUCACAGUCAAGCUUUUCCAGAAUUCUUAAAAAAACACUGUUUCAUAGUUCAGCAUUAACUCCCAAAGCUGUAGCAAUUUAUUGCUUGUUACAGAAAUUUUUAGAACUUUUAAUUUUUUGUGUACAUUAUCAUUGAAGUUUAAUAAAAAGGACUUAGCUAUCACAUUCA